CCCCUGGCCGCCCGCCGCAGCUCGCUGGGGGCAGCCCCGGGGGGCAGGCGCCCCUCCAUCGGUCCCUGGAUGCUCCACAGCCGCGUCAGCUUCUCCGGGCUCCCCCUCUUCCAGCCCAUCAUCAAGACGCGCCUUGAAAACUCUUACAGAAUGGGGCCAGACAAGGGCUGCAAGUUUGAUGCAGGGCGGGUGCAGCGGGUGCUGGAGGGGGCCCUGGCCACGGCCCUGGAGACCACCAUCUACAGCCCCCAGGGCAGUGCCCCGCUAGCCCAGAGCCUGGCUGAGCUGCUGCGGUGCCGGGCAAAGGAGGUGGUGCCCCCACGCUACAAACUGGUCUGCCAGGUACUGCUGGGCCAGCAAGGCCAGCAGAGCCUGCUGGUGGCCAGCCAGGCACUGUGGGACCCCCAGAGUGACAGCUUUGCCUCUGCCACCUUUUCCAAUGCCUCCUUCUUUGCCGUGGCCACUGUGCAUGGGGUCUACUUUGAGUAG